GAUAUAUAGCUUCAGUCAGGUAACAACCGUUCAACACUCACACACAAUGGCUUCGCUGUGUAAUGGGACACCGGUAUGGGACACAAACCUGACCUGGUACAACACUUGGCCUCAGUUCACAGACUGCUUCCAGUCCACGGUGUUGGUGUGGGUGCCAUGUGGGUGGCUGUGGCUGACGUCACCGUUCUAUCUCUACUACCUCCUGAUCGUCACACCGACGUCACUGUCAUCAAGGCAUAAAUAUGUCGCAAAGAUGAUCAUAUGCUCGUGCCUCGUCAUACUAUCUGUCGUACAACUCAUCGACGCUGCCGACAGCUACAACACAACCAACUUCUCUGCUUUCUUCAUCGCACCUGCAGUCCAGGCAGUUACCUUUCUGUGUGCUAUGUUGCUGCUGCUCCUGGAGAGGAAGAAAGGCCUCAUCACUUCCGGGGUGAUGUUCACCUUCUGGCUGCUGCUCACAGUGGCUGGCAUCGUCCCCUUCUACUCCAUCAUCUUCAAGAAGCAAUUCGAGCAAAACAUCCUUAAAGUGGUAACUUUCUACAUAUACUGUUGGCUAGUAUUGUUAGAGCUGAUCCUGAGCUGUUGUGCAGAGACGUCUUCAGAAGGGACUAUCCAGGACAAGGUAUGACUUGUAUUAACAGUCACCUUUACAAAUCAUGUUCGCACAUGUCUGUUAUUCCCCUGAACACGUUUCUUGUCAUCCAAGUGUGUUCCCAUCACAAUUAAACAGACA